AUGUCCAUCUUCAUCUGCGGCAUCACCGGCACCCAAGGCUCCUCCAUCGCCACCCACAUCCUCACAUCCCCCUCCCCCCCUCCCAUCCACGGCAUAACCCGCAACCCAACCUCCCCCCCCGCCAAACACCUCACCUCCCUCGGCGCACACAUCCUCCCCGCAAGCUACACCGACACCGACACCCUCACCACCGCCCUCUCCACCUGCCGCGCCCUCUUCCUCAACCUCUCCCCGUCAUUCACAUCCCCCACCGAAGAACUCACCACCGCCCAGACCAUCAUCAAAAUCGCCCGCGCCCAAGGCGUCCAACACAUCAUCUACUCCUCCGGCAUCAGCGUCAACGACGCCCAGUCCCUCCCCAACUGGGACCCCGAGUCGCCGACCGCGGCGGUCCUACUCUCAAAACAAGCCAUCGAGCGGGAAGUCCGCUCCGCCGGGUUUAAGUACUACACGAUUCUCCGGCCAGGCAGCUUCAUGAGCAAUUACGUGCAGCCCCUGGUGAGGAUGUACGCAGGGUUAGUGGACGAGGGGCGGUGGCGCACGGCGAUGCAGAGAGACACGCUGAUUCCGUUGGUGGAUGUCGAUACGAUAGGAAGGUUUGGCGCGGCUGCGCUGAGGGACCCGGAGAGGUUUAACGGGAAAGAGAUCGAGUUGGCGGAUGAGUUUGCGACGGUGGAUGAGGUUUUGGGCAAGUUGGCGGCGGUGACGGGGAGGGAUUUGAAGGCGGUGUAUAUGACGGAUGAGGAGGUUGAUGCGGAGAAGGGGACGAAUCCGUUUGUGGCGGGUAUGUUGAUGAUGAGAGGGUUGGCUGGGUUUGUGGACUUGGAGAAGGUGAAGGAGUGGGGGAUGCCUGUGAGUUCGAUGGAUAAGUUUAUUGAGAGGGAGAAGAGUCGAGUGUUGGAGACGUAUGGGCGAGGUGAUUGA